AUAUUUGUUGUGUGUGUGUGUGUGUUGUAUGAAUGUGGAAUAAGAGAAAUGUCAGUUGUCACAUUUUUUACUAUAAUUGUUGAGUAUUGAGUUAAUCAUGAAUUUGAAAAAAGAAAAUUCAGACGUUUACCAUCUUAUAACAGAACUAAGUAAACAAAUAUUUCAAAAACAAUGUGUGUCAUUAGAACAUCCAUAUCUAGUGCAGAGUGUUAAUGAUGUUGGUAAAAUUAAAAAAUUAAGAAGUAAAGCUUUUGAGAUCCUAUUAAAUAAGAGCAAGAUAACGCAACAUGCCGAUGAAGAGGAGACGAAGAAAGAUCCUGUAAUAGAGAUAUACAAGUAUGCAUUUGUAUUAAAACUUAACAUGAGACGCGUAUCGGAUGGUGUAUUAUUAGAAAACCUCCUGGAUGAUUUGAACGUUAACGAUUUACAAACAGAAAGUAUGGUAUAUUCGGUUUUGCAAUUGCUUACGAAAUUACUAAACUAUCAUAAUGAUCAAGAGCCUGAUUUAAACAUCUUUUACUACUCGAGUAGCAAUCCUGCUUUAUUGGAACCACUUCAAACGUUAGAAAAUGUAUCGCAAUUUCCAAUAUAUCCUAUAGAAACAUUUAUAUUAUCGAAUAAAUUGGAUGCCAUGCUAGAUAUUCAAAAAUGUUAUAUUAUCCAACAAACAACUGCUAACUCCGUUAAUAGAUCAUACUUAUAUAAUCAGAAUCUAUUGAAAUAUUCGAAUAAAGUAGAGUCUUCUAGAACUGACAUCGGUUGGUUUUCCAUACCAAAGUGUAUAACCGAUUCCUGCUCCAGAGAUACUAUUUCAUACUUUUUACCACAGACAAUGACAGACAUGAAUUAUAAUACAAAUUAUAUGGAUAAAUGUGAAAAAGAAACCGAAGUAGAAGAGGAUAAUAUGCCUAAUAUUACUGAUUGCACAUGGAGAUUGUCCAAUGAAAGCCUUCAUAACGAAAUUGUAAAUGUUAAAGACUUCUACGAAGAGAUAUGGAAUAGCAUAGAUAUGAAAAAUACUUUCAUCUUCAAUUAUCAUACAUGGGAAACAUUGGGAGAAUUAGAAUUUCCAAAGCAGUAUCAUUUUUUAACGGAUACUCCAAAUGCCAUGUCCCAUUUGACAAGAAUAAAGGAGAUUUGUAUUUUGUUGCUACUUCCAAAAAGGGUUAUCAAUAAUAUAGAUUUUCCAGAAGAAAUCUCAACUAAAGAGUUUGUAAAGAAUAUUAAAUUAUUAUUAAUGGGAACAGAAAGCAAAUCUUUUAAAUAUAACAACAAGAUGGGAUUUUACAUGUGUGAAAAUAUUGUUAUUUAUGGUAUUGACAAUGAAACAUUGACCAAUAUUUGUCAAAGAUUUCUAUCUUGGGGUAAUUGUUUCAAAUACUUAACAAACUUGACUACACCAAAUUCGCACGACGGAAAGUUGCUGCAAGAAGGUCUUAUAUUUAAGGCAAUGUGUACGAGUAUCAAAGAAAUACUUCUCCAUUACAAAGCUGCUCUUCUGCGUAUUUUUGAACAUAUUAACGAGCCUACAGGAUUACUGAAUGUUUUGAGUAAAAUUCAACCGGUGGGUCUCUUAUUAACAGAAGUAACUAAGCUCUGUCGAUGCAGUAAGGAAAAUGGAAAAAUGGGUGAAAAUAGCAAUAUUUUUGCUGUAGUUAACAAAAUGAUUACAAAAGUUACCCUUCCCAAAAUCGCCUUUGUUUUGUAUACCAUUUUAAAAUCCUGCUGUGAAGUUUAUUUCCGAUUUUUACAGAAAUGGCUAUUUGAAGGUAUAUGCCAUGACAUUUAUGGUGAAUUUAUGAUUAAAGAACAUUCACAGUUUCUACGUAGCAAAGGUCCUAAAUUUUGGACCAAAAGUUUUACCGUACAUCACGAGUCGGUUCCAAGCUUUCUAACUCGGUUAACAGAAUCUAUAUUACAGUGUGGCAAAGCAGUAAGACUUUUGAAAAUCUGUGAUCCUAAGAAUCCCGUGUGCAAUGUUUUUAAUGCUUUCCAACCGGAAUUAAAAGUAUGCUUGAGUGUUACGAUGUUACGCGAACAGUUGAUCAAAUGUAAAGAAUAUAAACGUAGAGGAGAAGAAGCUCUAGGUCGACCUAUAUCGCUUUCAGUGGCAAUUCAGGAUCAAAAAAAUGCUGAAAUAGAAAAAGCCAAAUUAGUCAUUAAUGCGCAACAGGAUACAUUACUGAGAAUCAAGAGAGAGCAAGAAGAAUUUUUGAAGACAACGAUAGAAAACAAAAGAGAACUUUUAAAAGUACUAAAGGAGCAAGCUAUUGAAGCUAAUUUAUAUAAAGCAAAAGAAAAGGAAGCUGAAAUGUUAACUGAUAGAUUACUUAUGGAACAAAAUAAUCAGAGAGAAGAAGAAUUAUACAACAGAAAUAUCUCCGAACGUGCUUAUUUACAAAAGUAUUACACCGAUCUUGACGCUACUAUUCAGAAGCAACAGACGCGCAUGCAGUGGUGUAACAAGAGAAUGAAAUAUUUUGAUGAAAGGGUAGCUGCAUUAAUGGAGGAAGAUAUAUGGAAAUGUACUCGUGUAUCGGAUGAACACGAAGUAUUGCAGAAUCUAAAAGACAAUGAAACCGAGGGAAAUAUAUAUAAUGUUCAACAACACGUUUUAAAUAAUAACGAGUCAAAUACAUUAUCCGACAAUAUAGCGCAACAAGAUGAAAAUAGUAAUUUUGAAGAAGUAGAACUUGUUGUAGAGAUAGAAGCGUUAAAGUCAUCAAAUAUCAAUAUUGUUAUUCAGUCUGACAAUGAGACGACAAGUACCUUAGCAAAUAUUCCUGAUAAUAAGAAGACAAAUAAAUCGUUUACGGUUAUUUCGGAUACACAGAGUAGAGAUUUAGAUACUCGUUUAGAAGAUCCAACGAAUAUGAACAAUAUUUAUAAACGGAAUAAUGAGAGAAGUAGUUUGCAAGAGUUUUUACGAAGCGAAGUAUCCAAAGAAUUACGAUUGGAAAAUGAUGUUACAAUUGGAAAUAAUAACGAGAACAAAAUUGUAAAGAGGCCUAAAAUUCUGGAAAUAGACAAAUUUGAUAACAUGACAGAAGCGCAGCGCAAUAAAAUAAAAAUGUUGAAACAUGAAUUUGGCGUAACGCCAAAUAAUAACAAUCAAUCGAAUUUAUUUUUUAUGGAAAGGAGAACAAUUCAAGAUGAUAAUAAAAAUUAUGCGUCAAGUGAUGAUGUUACCAAUAAUACAGUUAACGAUCAAACAAAAUGCAUCGAUGCAAUGGAAAGUAUUAGACGGAAUAGUAGUGAAAUAGUAGUAGUUAAAACUAAUAACGAUAAGAAUUCCAAGGAUGAAAUUGUUGGUCAAAUCAAUAAUAUCAACGAAAUUGCACAAAUUUCUUCCAUCACGGAUAAUUUAGUAUCGUCUGUAAAUAGUCUUAUGUCAAAUUUACCAACUUUUGAAGACGUUUCUCCUUUAGAUAUCAAUAGUUUGUCUUCGUCGUCAAACUCGAAAUUAAAUGGUGACAUCUCUUCCGUAUUUCCAGGAUAUUACAAUGUCAACAUUUCCACGCCCUCGACUUCAAAUGAUAAUGUUAAUUGUUCCGAUUUUACAUCAUUAACUAUAGCUGAUGUUGAAUUAAUAGAUAAUACAUCUCUGCAGGUUUAUCUGGAAAAAUCAAUUAUUAUACCAUUGCAGAUACAAAGUCAUAUCGUUAACGAUGCUCUUAUUAAAUAUUUAUUAAAUGAGCAUAAUAUGCUUUUACAUUUGCAAAGUUUGAGAAGUUAUUUCUUUUUAUUAAAUGGAGAAUUUGCCAAAUGCCUAACUAAUUCUUUAUACGCUCGUCUAUACGAAAUAUCCGUACCAGUAGAACUCUUCAAUUCGGCCACUUUAACAAAUGUAUUGGAGCGAGCACUUAUUAGUUCUUUCAGCAGUAAUUACAUGAAUUCGGAAUUGCUUAGCCUUUCAGCCAUUGAUAUACCGAUGCAAUUACAUAUUUCUGAUCCUUAUGCUUUGGAUUGUCUGUGCCUUAGUUACAAAAUUUCAUGGCCUUUGAAUAUUAUCUUGGACGACGCAGUGAUGCUACAAUAUAGUAAGGUGUUUAAAUUUUUAUUGAUGAUUGGUAGAGUACUCUGGGUAUUGCAAGAAGAUUUUCGUAUGAUGAGAGUUGAACAAAAAGCAUCCAUGUCGGAACAAUAUCAUAAGCUUCAACUGUACAGACAUUCGAUGACACAGUUUGUCAGUGCACUUCAUAAUUAUAUAACUUGUAGCGUAUUACAUGCAAGUUGGAUCGAAUUUGAGAAAGAUUUGUGUAACUCUUUGACUCUGGAUCAAGUGAGAUUUUCACAUGUAAAUUAUAUUAAAAGAAUUUUAUCAAGGUGUAUUCUUAAUACUCGUGGAGAAAAAAUGCGAACAUGUUUGGGUAACAUUUGUAAAGUUAUAUUAAAAUUUCACAACCGAUUAAGAUCUCAAAACUGGAUUUUUAAUUCAGAAGGUUACACUCAUCCUAAUUUUAACAAAUUAGAACAAAUGUAUGAGGUUUUCUGUGAAUUACGUACGUAUCUAUCUCGUAUAGCUCAUAAAUUAACUAUCAGCGGAUAUCAGCCGCAUUUAAUACAUUUUCUUAAUACUUUAAAUAUAAAUUAUAUGUACGAUUUAACAGAAAAGUCAUCCUAGUUUUAGAUUGUUAAAAAAUCAUUUCCAUUAAAUAAAUACAAUUACUGUGAUCUUUGGAUAUCGUUUGCAAGGAUAUCAAAUAAUCGCACUUGUAUACUUAUUUCAUACUUUU